CAUGAAGGCUUUUGUUCUCUCUCUUCUCCUUGUUGCUGUAAGUGCAGCUCCUAAACGCCCAUUUGCUCAAGUCACUACAAACUUGGGAAGAAUUGUUGGUGGAACUGACGCCGUUAAAGGAUCUUGGCCUUGGCAAGUGUCCCUUCAACGAUGUACUAGUACUGGAUGUACACACAAUUGCGGUGCAGUUGUUUUGAAUGAAAAUUGGGUGUUGACUGCUGCCCACUGCAUCCAGAAUCCGGAUCUCGAAUCACAUCGUUUAGUUUUUGGUCUUCACGAUCAAACCAAACAAGAUGAAGCCGUCACUCUUAAACCAUCAAUUGUUAGAUUCCAUCCUGAUUUUAUCAAUGACGGUCCUUCCGGAUUCCCCAACGAUAUUGGUGUUAUGAAACUAGAAUCUCCAGUCGAUCUCUCCAGACCAGGAAUCAGUGCAGCCAAACUUGCUCCCGCCGAUGACUCCGCCCUUGACGGAACCGAAUGUACUCUAACCGGCUGGGGAAGAUUAUACGGAUUCGGACCAUCUCCCAACAUCCUCCAACAAGCCAACUCUAAGGUAUUGACAACUGAAGAUUGUCAACUUCAAGGAAUUCCUCAAGCAGAGAGACAAUACCAUAUUUGUCUUAAUGACGAUGACGAAACGACUGGAAGUUGUAAUGGAGACUCUGGUGGUCCAUUGAACUGUGACUUGAACGGUGAAAAGAUUGUUGCUGGAGUAACAUCAUUCGGAGUUUUCGGUUGUCCACCUACUGCUCCAUCAGUGUACGCAAGAGUUUCGCAAUACUUGACUUGGGUCAACGACAACACACAAGAUUAA